GUCGAGGCAGAGGCCGUAUCCAAGUCCGUAACUACAAACCUCAUCAUCAUCAUCCUCAACAACAUGGCGCCAGCGUACAGCUGGACUGCACACAGACGCCACGGCACUUCUUCAACAAGUUACUUCACUCACUAAACGCAACGUUGCUAAGAUUUUUGUAGCUUUUCUUUUUAGUUUUCUUCUCAUCUAGUUCGUUUGUUUUCUUUGACAAGCAAAGAUCAGCCUUUUUGGUCAUCGUGGUCUCCAAAACUCACCUGCUUAGCAGCAGAAAGAACAGACAGUACUGGACUCACUCACUGUUGCUGUAUUUCUCAAAGUGAAAGGAAAGUGAGCACUGAGAUUACGCAGACGGGAAAAGUACUUUUUUUUUUCAAAAAAAAUAAGCCAUGUAACUGUGCUCGAAAAGGCUUUUCUUCAGAGGACAUGCAUCUAAACAUGAGCGAAUAUAACUGUCCACUUGAAGAAAGGGAUAGAGACAGACUUCCUCCUAUACUAAACAAUCAGAGCUUGGAUCGUGGACCGAAGCUCCCUUUCCCCUCUUAUGGAAGUUUCAUCUCCACCCUGAAUCACAAAAGAGAGUCAGGCAGCCAAAGUCUCUCUUCUCCAUUCCUGCUACCUGCAGUUAAACAAGUGAGAGAGCUUCCCCCAAUAUGUCCAGAUGUGAGACAGAAGCAUCGUAUCUCUAUUGAUGUUCUCCCUCCAGAGGUGAAGGCUCGUUUUGUCUCAGAACCCAUUAUUCCCAUUCGGACCAAAACCGCCAAAGAGUUUCAGGACGAUGUUGAAAGGGCAACUAUCUCAGGGGAUUGGAAGCAAGUCCAUGAUUUCUACUUGACCACAUUUGACUCCUUUUUGGAACUCAAUGGUGCCUUUAAGAAAGAAGCAAAUGCUCCCUUCAACACUAUUGAAGACUCAGGAAUAAACAUCAAAUUUGUCAAUAUUGUUUAUGAUGCCUUACUCCAUACGCCCGCAGACACACAGAAAUCAGUCCUGAAGGGAAUUAUUAAUAGCUUAUUAAGAGAAUGGAAAGGGCCCCGCACAAAGGAUGACCUUAGAGCAUAUUUUGUUCUUGUGCAGAACCCUCAGUACGCCAGCCCAGCCACAUAUGUCAUCUAUGCACACUUACUGAGGCAAAUAGCAGCCCUGGCUGAAGCGGACCACCAUUUUCUGAUGCACUGGUUUAAAAAGCUGCCUCAGAAGCGUUUCAAACAGCUGGUGGAGCGCUUGCAGCUCUUCAUCACCACCCGCCUAUUUCCUGCCAAACCAGAAGAGUUGCCGCCCAUGGCCAAAUGCUCUUGGUGGAUUCCCUCAGCCACUAAAGUCCUUUCUCUGCUUAAUGCUGCAAACAGCAUUUCCUGUCCCCCUAUCGUCCCUUUCACUGAUUUCUACAACCUAACCCUGGACCACAUAGACUUUAUGGAGGAUUACCACACGUGGCAGGCUCACGGAAAUUCAAGCAGGUUCACCUUCUGUCAGUUCCCUUUCAUCCUGUCCACAGUGGUGAAGAAGGCCAUCAUCCAGAGAGACUCUGAGCAGCAGAUGAUCAGCAUGGCCAGGCAAACUCUGGUAGACAAGGUCUCUCGCAGGCAGAGGGUGGAUAUGAGUCUGCUGUUUCUCAACAUUAAAGUUAGGCGUCUGCAGCUGGUCAGUGACUCACUGGAUGAGCUUUCGAGAAAGCGAGCAGACCUGAAGAAAAAACUGAAAGUGACGUUUGUUGGGGAAGCAGGGUUGGACAUGGGUGGACUCACAAAAGAGUGGUUUCUUCUCCUGAUUCGACAGAUUUUUCACACAGACUACGGCAUGUUCACAUAUGUGAAGGAGUCCCAGUGUCAUUGGUUCAGCAGCUGGAAAUGUGACAACUACUCUGAGUUUCGAUUGGUUGGAGCCCUUAUGGGCUUGGCUGUGUAUAACAGCAUCACACUGGACAUCCGCUUCCCCCCCUGUGUCUACAAGAAGCUGCUGACCCCGCCCAUUGUGCCGUGUGACCUCGACACCCCCGUUGGCAUGGCGACCCUCACCCUGGAGGACCUCCAGCAGAUUAUGCCUGAUCUUGCUCAUGGGCUUGGGGAACUCCUCAGCUAUGAAGGAAAUGUUGAAGAGGACUUCUACACCACGUUUCAGGUCUUUCAGGAAGAACUUGGAGUGGUCAAGUCAUAUAAUCUGAAACCAGGAGGGGACAAGAUCCCUGUAACCAACCUAAACAGAAAAGAAUACAUCCAGCUCUACAUUGAUUUCCUGCUGAAUAAGUCCAUCUACAGGCAGUUUGCUGCUUUCUAUCAUGGUUUUCACAGUGUUUGUGCCUCAAAUGCCCUGAUGCUCUUGAGGCCAGAAGAGGUUGAGAUCCUGGUUUGUGGAAGUCCUAAUCUGGACAUGGGCUCUCUGCAGCGAGUGGUGCAGUAUGAGGGAUACAGCAAGACUGAUCCCACCAUUCGGGCCUUCUGGGAUGUGGUUCUGGCCUUUUCUUUGGAGCUGCAGAAGAAACUGCUCCACUUUACCACAGGAAGUGACCGCGUUCCUGUGGGAGGAAUGGCUGACCUCAACUUCAAGAUCUCCAAGAUUGAUGUCUCCACUGACUGGCUCCCAGUGUCGCAUACAUGCUUCAACCAGAUCUGUCUACCUCCAUACAAGAGCAAGAAAGAAUUACGGCAAAAGUUGACUAUUGCCAUUUCAAAUGCAGAGGGCUUCGGUUUGGAGUAGAUUACAGUUGUAGAUCUGAUAAUCCAAAUCAUGACUGUUUUCAGCCUGCAUUCACUAAAAGGUAAUGGGUAGUGAUAUUAUUUUAAACAGCCAACAGGAUUGUGCAACAAUUGAAUUGAGAAUGCCUUUCAAAAUAAACAAUUUUAAUAAACAGGAUGCAGAAUUGUAAUUCAAAUAUGUAAGGAAAUAGAAUUAAAGUCAAAGUUCAUGUGUACUACUGUUCAAAAAUUUGGGGAAGAAAUUAAUACUUUCAGCAUGGAUGCAUUAAAUUGACCAAAAGUGACAGCAGGGAUGUGCAGACAGCCACUGACCCUUUGCCCUCAUGGGCUGAGGUGCCCCUCUAGCAGGCAGAUUACAGUACAUGAGCGGAGUGGACUUCAAUCCACGCUAAAUGCAUUCUGUAAUGACUCUGCUGCUCCAGAUUCACUCCAGGGUUUCCAUUUCUCACUAGCACCCCGGCCGCACUCCUAGUUCCCUUCGCUCCUCUAUCGUGUUGACAUAAGUCAUAGGCAUAAUUUGCGGGUGGGAUGGCUGAGACAUGUCCCCGCCACUUUUUGAAACAUUUUGCAGUACAGAUGUACCCAAUACAAAUUAAACAGUGUAUUAAUUUUGUUCGUUUGUGUUAAAUAAGAGGCGAUCUGGUGCUGGAAUGUGUUGUUUUUUAAAUCAUGCUGAGUGCUCGUUUGCCACUCAGUGGCGGUGGCUAGUGCGCAGACAAGUGCUUCAAUCUAUAGCUAACCAUUGCGGAGACUCUCUAUUCGUUCCAUUGAAAUGACAAAACAAAAAUGCACACAAAUGUGUCCCUGCUCUUGCUAUACAAUCACGGAUGAACAUCUUUGGUUUUAAUGAGAAAAAUAAAUAAACUAUAUGUGGGCGGAUUAGAACCCAGAACCUCUGACAUGCUUAACAAAAGUUCUACCGCCAGACCCUUAGAACUCAUGAACACUAAUAGUGAAUCUAUGUAUUUAUUCACUAAUGUGAACAAUCUCAGGACUAACAACAUAUUAUUAUAGUAGAUGUAAGAAUGAAACUAUCACAUUAGGCUAAACAUGAGUUCUAUGUCGAUAAAUUAAACUCAGUAUACUAUUGAAAUUGAUUUCUGGACAUCGUAAUGUUAUUUUUUGUGCCCCCCACACACGCACUCCUGUCCCACCCACUUUUUAAAACAAAGUUAUGGCAAUUUUACGCUCCAGUCUAUGGUGAAUCUGCAGAAACUCCUCGGCGGAGUUUGUUUUUGUUGGCAGUGUUUUGCUCCUUUUCUGAUGCUUAUUAAACUUGUUGUCCGUGUCACAGACUGACCAACCCUUUCCUUGGUUUGGGCUACUGCCCCUCAAAAUGUCUGUGCACGUCCCUGAGUAACAGUAAAGACAUGUUACAAAAGAUUUCUAUUUCAAAUAAAUGCUGAACAUUCUAUUAGUCAAAGUAUCCUAAAAAUGUAUCAUGAUUUCAACAAAAAUAUGAAGAAGUUGCAUAUUAAGCAUAUUAAACUGUUUUCAACAGUUGUUUCUUGAGCACCAAAUCAGCAUAUUAGAAUUAUUUCUAAACAGUUAUGUGACACUGAAGACUGAAGUAAAGGCUGCUAAAAAAUUCAGCUUUGCCAUCACAGGAAUAAAUUACAUUUUAAAAUAAAAUAGAAAACAGUUCUUUUAAAUUGUAAUAAUGCUUUACAAUAUUACUGUUUUUACUGUGUCAAAUAAAUGCAGCCUUGGUGAGGAGAAGAGACUUCUUUCAAAAACAUUCAAUCUUCCCCAAAUGUUUUGAACAGCAGUGUAGAUGUAUUUAUAAUUGUAGCAAACUGAAUGUUGGUUCAUUAAAACCUUUUUUGAAAGAUUUUUUUUUUUUUUUUUUUUUUUUGGCGCUUUGGAGUUAUAAGUUUAUAGACUUAAUUUCCCAUAAUGCAUUGCCUGUGUUAAAUAUCAGUCAAUUCCACUUCCUGUCAUGCCAAUCCAAAUUCCAAAUCGGCUACCUGUGAGUGUGGUCAAUUUAGUUCACAUUCACACUCAUGAAAGAAUUAAUAGGGAGACCCUGACAGCCACAUCAGGUAAGCAUGAGGAUAACGCACAGCAGUGAUAAUGUAAGCUCUAGAUGUAAAGUUUCAGUAGAAUUACUUAUUGUGCAUUGUGUGUACAGUGUAGUAUUAUUUGUUGUGAACCAGGGUUCUAUGAUGAGCCCAGUUAAACUGUUUGUCUUUAGUUGUUAUGUAAUUUGGACUCCUCAUUGCUGACUGCUUGAAUGAAGGUCCCAACAUUUUGUGUGGUAUUAGAAUAUGUGGAUUUUAUGGAUAGUAUAGUGUAUAUCUGUUCAAGAAGCUCAAUUGUGCUGCAACAUGAAAUUAAAACUAAAAUGUUUAGGAUUUUUCUCUUCAACAUGGGCCUGGUCUAAUGUCCCAUGCUUCUGUUGAAAGUAGGUCAGUAAGGGGCUUGGUCUCAGCUAAAAUAGCCUGGCAAACAGGCUGUCAAACUUACCCAACAUUCUUAAAGAGACAGCGCUUUGUCUCCAGGGUUACAGAAGCCCACAGUUAAUAAAAGCUUCUGUGUGAAACGUUCCUUAACUCAAGCAUUCCCUCCGGUUCUGAUGGGCUUUUAAAAUGUAGCUGUUAAUAAACUAUAAACUUUAAACUGAAGGUUUGUGUCUGAGCUCAAACUUCAUGGUUUUGUUGAGUGUAGUUUAGCAAUUGUUGACAACCCUUUCUCAACCUCUCUUGGGCAUGAAAGGAAGAUUGGUAAUGUGAUUUUUGUGUGUUUGUCAGUGAAGUUUCAUGUUUGUUGACUAGCCAUAACAUGGAUGAACAAUUUGUGUUUUUUUUUUAUUUUUUUAUCUUCAUGGUUCUGAUUGAUGAUUCUGGUUAUUCUUUAAAUAGAGUGGUUGACAGCAGUAUUUUUCACAACAAAAAACAUAAUUUAUUUUACAAAAAGUUCUUUGCUUUGUGCCAUCAGUUUCAUGAUUCAUUUAGGACUCAAUCAGAGGUCUAGUGAUACUACAGUAUGCUAGUAGAUGACCUCUAACCUCAGUCAUCCUACUUAUCCUGACUUGGCUCGCAUAAUUGGAUACUUGUAUGUGGUGUAUUUUUGCAUAUUUGUGGCUCAUCAUGUCAUGUGAUUUUCAUUGGACUCAUGCAGUGGCUUUAUUUGUAUUUAUAUUGUCUGUUAAUGAAUCACUCCAGUGUUAAUGCUAUGGUUUUAUGUUCUCCAAUGACUGAAUACAAAUGUAUUUACCAUGUAUUUAUUUAAACUUUGCUCAUUCAUUUUAAUGAAUAAAGUUAUACAGCAAGUU